AUGAGCAUGCUUGAAGAAGAGUACCCUUCAGAAACCUGGGUUAGAGUAUAUCCAGAUUGGUCAGCCACCAAUGCAACAACAAAAAGAGGGACUGGUAUAUACAUUAAAUACCCCAAUGGAGAUCAACAAUCAGAGGCAAAACCAACAGGCCUAAAUUGUUUAAACUACAAAGCUGAAGAAGAAGCCCCUGCUCAUGCAUACUCCAUCAAAAACAAAAUCGAUAAUACAGCUCAAGUAGUAUUCCUGACUGAUGCCCUCUCUGUUUUACAAGCUUUCAAGAACGACAAGCUACCUCAACUCCAACAAGCUUUAUACAACAUCAACAGUAUGACAACAGUAAUUCAGAGGAUCCCUUCACACUGUGGAGUUGGGGGUAAUGAACAAGCCGAUACAUUAGUAAAGGAUGGUGCUGAACAACAACAGAAAGACAGUCCAGCCUACUUCACUGAGAUGAGGACUAUCAUCAAAUCUCUGUUCAACUCUCCACAGCAACAAGAGAGUUACCAUCAGCUCAAAAGAUCUGAACAAACCACCAUAUUUAGAUUGAGGACAGGACACAACAGACUCAACCAACAUCUACACAAAGCCAUGAAAGUUGUUCCAUCUCCAAUGCGUACUUGUGGAGAAGCAGAGCAGGAUACGUCACACCUCGUACAGUCAUGCAAUAUCCAUCAGGCAUUGAGAGAGAAGAUAUGUCAUUCAGAAACAACAAUCAAAGAGAUUUGUGACGUUACGCACGGUAUUGGUGCCACUAAGCGUUACACGACGUUCCUAAUAAAACGACGAUUUUGA